GCCAGAACCUGAGAAGAGCUGAGUGCUCACUCCCGGUAACCAGCCCCGCCCCUGCCCCUGCCUCUUGUCCCAGGAGUACGGGCCCCGCACCUUCUGGUGGAACAUGGCGGAUGCCGCCUUCCAGAGCCUGGUCUGCUUCUUCAUCCCAUACCUGGCCUACUACGACUCGGAUGUGGACGUGUUCACCUGGGGCACCCCCGUCACGGCCAUCGCGCUGCUCACCUUCCUGCUGCACCUGGGCAUCGAAACCAAGACCUGGACCUGGCUGAACUGGACUGCGUGUGGCCUCAGCGUGCUGCUGUUCUUCACCGUGGCUUUCGCCUACAACGCCUCCUGCGCCACCUGCUUCCCGCCCUCCAACCCCUACUGGACGAUGCAGACGCUGGCGGGGGACCCCCGCUUCUACCUGACCUGCCUCCUCGCACCCGUCACCGCCCUGCUGCCCAGGCUGUUCUUCAGAGCCCUGCAGGGCACCCUGUGCCCCACACCGCUGCAGCGGGCGCGCCAGCUGGCCCUCAGGCCCCGCGGGAAGCACCCGGCCCCCGGAGGCUCUCGGGGACCCCUCCCGGGAGCCCCAAGCCCCGACACCUCGGAGCCCAGAGGCCUCAGCGCCUCAGCCUCCUCCUCCGCCUCCCAGGACGACUCCUCACCGCCGGGGUCCCGGCACACGCCACCGCCCGGCCCCCAGGAGGCCAGCGAGGAGCCACGCAGAGGUCUCCAGGAAGACGAGUUUUGUAUGUCCCCCCAAGGGUCCCGGGGAGCCGAGGGGAUCUAUUUUUGAAGUCCCGAGUCGGGCGUCCUGUGGAGGAGAGACGGGUCCACGUGCGAAGGGGAAGGAAACAAACAGAUCGGACGCUGUGGGCCCGGGCGGGAGGCCGAAGGUCACCCUUUGAUGGAACGGAUCUCAAACGGCUUCCGAAAAUAGCUGCCUGGUGGUAGUGCGUGUGCGGGAGCCGAUGCUAAACCCUGUAACCGCCGGCACACGCUAAACCCUGUAACUGCCAGCACACGCGAGCACAGACAUAGCAUCCCUGCGCCUUUUCCCCGGGCAUGGAGCUCACCGCGGGCGUGUGUGUGUGUGUGUGUGUGUGUUUGUGUGUUUGUGUGUGUGUGUUGUCGCCCUGUGUUAGGGAGGGAAGGGAUGUGUUCUGAGCCCUCGGAAGAGGCCUGGGGCCCAGGAGACACCGGGCGUGAAGAUGGCGUCGGAGGCUGCGACCCCGGAGUCAGCCAUGUCGUCUUCGGUGUGUUUGCUCUGGAAAAUGGGAGCUGCGUGCCCCCCGCCAGGGACAGGGCUGCACGGCGGUCCAUCAGCUUACGUACACACACACACACACACACACACACACACAGCACACACACACAGACACACAACACACACACAACACACACACACAGCACACACACA